GUCACCCUCUGAGGCGGUGCCCCCCGGGCCGCCGGCCGGCGCCUGCCCCUCCGUGUCAUUGUCAGAAGGAUGUCUGCCACCAGCGCCCCUCCCGCCCCCGCUCACACCAGGACGGCCGUUCUCGCUGAAGGACCCUGCACUCGCUACUGAGCGGCGACCAUGGGCCCGCUCGCCUACCUGAAGACGCAGUUCGCGGUGCACCUCCUCAUCGGGUUCGUGUUCGUGGUGAGCGGGCUGCUCAUCAACUCCGUCCAGCUGUGCACGCUGGUCCUCUGGCCCCUGAGCAAGCAGCUGUACCGCCGGCUGAACUGCCGCCUCGCCUACUCCCUGUGGAGCCAGUUGGUCAUGCUUCUGGAGUGGUGGUCCUGCACGGAGUGCACGCUCUUCACUGACCAGGCCACGGUGGACCGUUUCGGCAAGGAGCACGUGGUGGUCAUCCUCAACCACAACUUCGAAAUCGACUUCCUCUGUGGGUGGACCAUGUGCGAGCGGUUUGGCGUGCUGGGGAGUUCCAAAGUCCUGGCGAAGAGGGAGCUGCUGUACGUCCCCCUCAUCGGCUGGACGUGGUACUUCCUGGAGAUCGUGUUCUGCAAGCGGAGGUGGGAGGAAGACCGGGACACCGUCAUCCGGGGGCUGGAGCGCUUGGCGGACUACCCCGAGUACAUGUGGUUCCUCCUGUACUGCGAGGGCACGCGCUUCACGGAGAAGAAGCACCGCGUCAGCAUGGAGGUGGCCGCCUCCAAGGGGCUGCCCGCCCUCAAGUACCACCUGCUGCCUCGUACCAAGGGCUUCACCACGGCGGUCCAGUGCCUCCGGGGGACAGUCGCAGCCGUGUAUGACGUCACGCUGAAUUUCCGCGGAAACAAGAACCCGUCUUUGCUGGGGAUCCUCUACGGGAAGAAGUACGAGGCAGACAUGUGCGUGAGGAGAUUCCCUCUGGAAGAGAUCCCGCUGGAUGAAAAGGAAGCAGCUCAGUGGCUCCACAAACUGUACCAGGAGAAGGACGCGUUGCAGGAGAUGUAUAACCAGAAGGGCGUGUUUCCAGGAGAGCAGUUCAAACCUGCCAGAAGGCCGUGGACGCUUCUGAAUUUCCUCUUCUGGGCCACGGUCCUGCUGUCUCCUCUUUUCAGCUGUGUCUUCGGCGUCUUUGCGAGUGGUUCCCCCCUCCUGAUCCUGACGUUCCUGGGGUUUGUGGGGGCAGCUUCCUUUGGAGUCCGCCGGCUAAUAGGAGUGACUGAAAUAGAAAAAGGCUCUAGCUACGGAAACCAAGAAUUUAAGAAAAAGGAGUGAUUCCUGGCUGUGGUGGCGCACACGUAACCCGACGGCGGUGUCCAGUUAGCUCGAUUAAAAACAGAACCACGCACCCAGAUCGGAGGAAAAGACACUUAGAAACUAUUUUUCGUAUUAACUGGUGACUAAUAUCAACCAAUAAACCUUGAGCCAAGAGUAAA